AUGCCAGCCUCUCUGGAGACCUGCCUCUCGGACCUCGACUGUUCCAGCAACAGCAGCAGAAGCAGCAGCGACCUGUCAGGCUUCCUCACCGACGAGGAGGACUGUGCCAGACUUCAACCGCCAGCCUCCGUUUCGGGGCCGUCCGCGCCGGCCCGCAGGGGCGUCCCCGGAACGCCCGGGGCGUCGGAUGCCGCAGGGACGCAGGACGAGGAGCAGGAGCGGCGACGGCGCCGGGGCCGCGCCCGAGUGCGUUCCGAGGCGCUGCUGCACUCGCUGCGCCGGAGCCGGCGCGUCAAGGCCAACGACCGCGAGCGCAACCGCAUGCACAACUUGAACGCGGCGCUCGACGCGCUGCGCAGCGUGCUGCCCUCCUUCCCAGACGACACCAAGCUCACCAAGAUCGAGACGCUGCGCUUCGCCUACAACUACAUCUGGGCUCUGGCCGAGACACUACGCCUGGCAGACCAGGGGCUGCCUGGGAGCGGGGCCCGGGAGCGCCUCCUGCCGCCGCAGUGCGCUCCCUGCCUGCCCGCGCCCCCGAGUCCCACCAGCGACGCCGAGUCCUGGGGCUCAGGUGCAGCCUCCUCCCCAGGCGCCGCCAACGCCUCGCCACUUUCUGAUCCCAGUAGCCCCGCCGCCUCGGAAGAUUUCGCCUAUGGCCCGGGUGACCCCCUAUUCUCCUUCCCAGGCCUGCCCAAAGACUUACUCCACACCGCGCCCUCUUUCAUUCCGUAUUAG